AUGAGGUGGAGCGCAGCAGUGAUCUUGGUGGCAGCGGUGAGCUUGGUGGCCGGCGAGAAGGACUAUCUACUACCCGGUGACGUCAUUCCCUCCCACUAUGACGUCAAACUGGCCUACGACAUAGACCCCAGCACGAACUUUACAUACUUUGGUGUCGUCGAUAUCACGCUUACAGCUAUCAGACCGACUUCGGAAAUCGUUCUUCACGCCCAAGACUUUACGGUGUCGAAAGAAAAAAUCGCUCUCACCAGCGUCGACCACGAACACCGAGUAGUGGGCGUCGACCUAAACGAUACUUACAACUUUUUGACGCUUCAACUAGAUAAGGACUUGAAACAAGACAAGAUCUACAAGCUCACCAUACCGUUCUUCGGGAACCUGAAGUUGGGACUCGAUGGAGUCUACAUUAGUUCCUACGUUGACAAAAAUAGCAAGAAGAAAGAAUACCUUGUUGCGACGCAAUUCGAAGCGAUAUCAGCCCGCAAAGGAUUCCCUUGCUUCGACGAGCCGAUGUACAAAGCCACCUUUUCCAUCAACAUUGCACAUCACGUUGACUUCACGGCUGUCUCCAAUAUGCCCUUGCGAAGCUCUUCCAAUGACAAUGCCCUCGAAGAUUUUUGGCCUUGGAAUGUUAUGCAACAGUCAUUUAGCAAAUCCAGGUCCAAGUUUGUGUGGGAUCAAUUCGACAAGUCCGUACCUAUGUCGACGUACCUCGUCGCUUUCGUGGUCUCCAAGUUCACAUAUGUGGACAGUCCCGCCGAACUUUCCAGCACCAAGUUCAGGAUUUGGGCUAGAAGCGACGCUAUGGAUCAGACGUCUUACGCAGCUACUGUCGGCCCUAAAGUGCUGUCAUACUUCGAAAAGUUCUUUAACGUGACCUUCCCGCUUCCGAAGCAGGACAUGAUAGCUAUCCCUGACUUUUCCGCGGGGGCCAUGGAGAACUGGGGCCUCAUCACAUAUAGAGAGACAGCUCUGCUAUAUGACAAGGAACAGUCAUCCUUUUUGAACAAGGAGAGAGUUGCUGAAGUGAUAGCGCACGAGCUAGCCCAUCAAUGGUUUGGUAACCUGGUAACCAUGAAAUGGUGGUCAGAUCUCUGGCUGAACGAGGGUUUUGCGACAUUCAUGGCAUCGCUGGGUGUGGAGAAGGUGGAACCCACCUGGCAUGCGGACAUGAGCUACGCUGUCACCAAUUUAAUGUCUGUGCUUAACUUGGAUGCGUUGGAAUCCAGUCAUCCGGUAUCAGUGGAAAUCGACGACCCGAAGCGGAUAUCGGAGAUAUUUGACGAGAUCUCGUACAAGAAGGGCUCCACGCUCAUCCGCAUGAUGGACAUGUUCCUAGGAGAAGAAGUCUUCAGGAAGGCGCUGCACAACUACCUGAUUAAGAACUCGUACAAAAAUGCGGAACAGGACGACUUGUGGGAGGAACUGACUGAGGAGGUGCAAAAGGAGGGGGGCUUGACACGCAACGUAACCGUAAAGGAAGUGAUGGACACAUGGACUAAGCAGACGGGAUAUCCCAUCCUGACCGUGGAGAGGGACUACUCCGAUAAGUCGCUGACGAUAUCGCAGAAACGUUAUCUAUCUCUGGGCGGGGCUGCGCGCACCGAUUCGGCUUGGUGGGUGCCACUCAGCGUUCUCUGCGAGGCCGAAACGGAUCCCCAAGAGGUGCAGUGGUUGUCGGACACUGAGGGAGUCGAAAAGGAGCACAGGUUCGAGCACGGCGCAGCUCCUAAUCAGUGGGUCCUCUUCAAUUAUAACAUGAUUGCGCCGUACCGCGUGAACUACGACGCCCGCAAUUGGCAGCUGCUGGUUUCCACGCUCACCAGCGACAAGCACUCGCUGGUGCCGGUGCUGGGCAGGGUGCAGUUGCUCUCCGACGCCUUUGCGCUGGCCUGGACCAACAAGCUCGACUACUCUACUACUUUACAAUUAGCGAGCUACCUGCAGCACGAAGACGACUACCUCCCAUUGUCCACCGGCCUGAGCGCGUUGGCGAAGAUCGAGAACGUCCUGAAGCGCACUCCCCACUACGGGGCCUACCAGAAAUUCAUGAGGAGACUGAUCCGUCGCGCGUACGAGAAGGCCGGAGGUCUCGCCGCUAAGAAGAUACUCCGCGCUGACGACUUGGAGAGUGUUAAGAUGCAGGUCACAACGAGUGCAACGGCCUGCCGAGCCAAAGUCCCGGGCUGCGAAGAGAACGCCAUACAACUCUUUGAAGACUGGAUGAACACCAAGAACCCAGACGAAAACAAUCCCAUCCCACUGGACCUACGCUCGACCGUGUACUGUGUCGCCAUCCAAAGAGGCUCGGUCCGGCAUUGGCGCUUCGCGUUGGAGCGGCGCAGGCGCACCAAUGUCGCUGCAGCCCGCGACCAACUGCUGCGCGCAUUGGCUUGCUCCAGGGACAUUUGGAUACUUGCACAAUACUUGGAGUGGGCGAUUACAGAUGGUUCCGAAGUCCGUCGUCAGGAUUCCGCGUCCGUCAUAAGCGCCGUCGUCUCGUCUUCCGUGGGCUACUACUACGGAAAGGAGUUCAUCUACACGCGCAUCGACGACAUCUACAAAGCGUUCAACGGCCAGGACCGUCGUUUGGGCUACAUCAUCAAGACUUUGCUCAACCAAUUUACCACGCAACGGGAACUUGACGAGUUCCUGAAAUGGUACGAGACCAACUCUUCGUACCUGGACGAAGCGAAGCUGGCGGUCUCUCAGGGCAUUGAGCGCGCCAGGGUCAACGUGGCCUGGAUACAGCGGAACCAGGCGCUGGUCGUCGACAAACUCAGGGAAUACUCGCAGUAA